AUGAGACUCUCAAAGGCAACAUUGUUUCUUUUUGGUUUUUUCAUCUUCAUUGUAACGUGUGUUGUUCAAAGUGAAGCAGUGGUCAACGAAGGAGUUGUGAGUGGUGGUGGUGGUUCUGGAAGUAAUUAUGUCACUGUUGUUAGAGGAGGUGAGUGUGAAAAACAAGGUGUUGAGUGCAAGAAAGUAAAUGGUGGAAUUGAAGAAACUGAUUUGGAAAAUGAAGAUUAUAUCUACACUAACUCUAUGUUACCUUAG